ACAACGACGACCCGACCCGUGAAGAUCCUUCAGCUCCAACAAUAAACGCAACGAAGCAGCGCGCUUUCUUUCUCCCAAACAAAACUGCACCGAUGAGAACCGCCGUUCUCUUCCUCACCGCUUUCCUUCUGAUCGCAGCAACGCCCUCUCCCUCCCAAUCCCUCUCCUUCGCUCCCUUCUUCCGCUUCCACCGCCUUCUCUCCCUCUCCAGGUCCCUACUCCACAGUGUCGCCGACCUCCGCGCCACUCGCGGCGACGUCUCCGGAGCCCAACGAGCCCGGGCACUAGCUCAGAAGCUUGACGGAGGGCUGGGCCUUGGGUUCUGGAGGAUGGCGUUGGGUGCCGCAUGGGACUACGCGUGGAAUUGGAGGAACCUGCCCCUCGCGCCCGCGGAAUUAUAUGGCGCCGUUUCGGACUUGAACGAGUUGAUGACGGGACUCAGUGAGUUGACUCGCUUGGAAUCGUCCGCCGAAAGGUCUGCCUGGGUUGCCCGAAAUUACCAAAAUGUAUUCACCGUCUCUAAAUCUCUCUCCGCCAAGCUGCUUAAAGCGUUUAGCCAAUCGGGUGUGUUGAGAGAAGUGGUGGAGACGGUGCAAAAAGAGGUGGUGGAAGGUGGAUUAAUAAGAGAUUGUCUUGAAUUGGGUAGCAAGGAUUUUAGUUCUUUGAUUCAGCUUCUCAAGGAUUCGCUCUUGCAAUUCUUUCCUCUUUCUGAUCGAAAUCCUGAGCUAUAGCUACUAAGCAUCUAGACCUUUGAUAACUUUUUUUAGCUUUGAUUAGUUAAUCCACUAUAUAGUUACUUAACAUUUUGGUGCUUUUGGGAUGAUUUAAUUUAAUUGGAGCUGUGUUAAAUUCAAUCUUCUAACUUCGCUUCCUGUAGGUUUUCCUCUUAGAAAACAAGUCUACUGUUAAUUGGUACAAAGCUUGUUUGAGAGAAAUAUAAUAUUAUUCAUUUCGUGUUAUCUUGUACCCAAAAAAUGUUAUCAUAU